GUCAACAUCUCGCUCCUGGCCUGCCUCCACUGGAUGUAUUCCUGGCUGGUAUCACCAGGACUGCUUGCUGCACAUAGUAUCUUUGCCAUACCUCAUCUUGCUCACCUAUCCCCAUAUACUCCUAGAACGACCCCGAUGUCUACGGGCUCCCUCUGUUGAUGGUGCCAUCCGUUGUGACUUAUAUGCAUCAAUCAACCCAUCUGUUAAUUUUAUACCCUCUGGCUCACUGUGGACUACAAUCGCACCUGAACCAUCAUCUUCACUAUAUUAUCAAAAAUGGGAGUAGGACCAUCGUCCGAGAAUCAGGGCCAGACCUCCUCGCCCGAGGAGCUGAGCUAUAUUCUCGCUGAGCGUUUCGCCACGAAAUGCUUCACCCACCUGGAGUUAACCCACUUUAAAGACAAUUUCUUUACCCGUGCCAUAGACCAGGGUGGCAUGAAGUACUGGAAUGAAAAAAUCCUAUCGGACUUUCUGGGUAUCCCAGACAGCAGCGAUGCCGACUGUCCGUUGGAUGCGGGCCCUGUGAUUUUCCGCAUGGUCUCGUACUUGGGAGCAUUUCCCUUCCAGAACACGCUAGCCCCGAGCGUUCUGACAUUCGAGGCCAUGGUCAAAGUGGUUGUGUUACUGACAGAGCGAUAUGGAAAGGUCCUGCGACGGGCUCGCAAGGACAGGAUUAGACUGUUAUUUGGCAGUCUUGCCGACGUUGGGCGGAGAGAUAUCGACAAGCCAACGGCCGAUGAGAAUCUCGAUGAGAACCCUGAUGACAAUAAAAACGACGACCCCUUCGUCAAAACAUAUGCUUCGGGGUUUUCCAUCGAUGCACCGGCUAAUGACAGCUACGAAGAAGAGGACGACGACGAUCUCGCACUCGCGGCCUUGGAAUCCUUGGACGCUAUCGAGGUGUUCAGACACGACUCCCGCAUUGACAAAGCCGUCUACGAAGCUCGCAUUUCCGUUGCUACGUUCCGUCGGCUGUUGAUGUUGCUCCUCGUGAUAUCACCGCUAAAAUCGCUCCAGCCUGUCCGGAUGUAUACAUCGGAUUUGUCCGAAAGCCGCAUGGAGAGCGUUCGGAAAGAAGCAGAUAACAUCUUAUCAGCUUUCGCCCAGGAGGAAUCCGGGGGCAUUGGCUAUAAGACAUUUGCCACCACCAUCGCUCACUGUUUCCCGUACCUAUUUGACCCAUUGACGCCAUUAUUCGAGCACCUGCUCUUCAGCAAAAAUCUCAACCUGUCCCAAAAGCGCGCUUCAGACGACCCUACUACAACAGAGCCGCUCGAGGAAACGCCGGAGUCACCACUGCCACCCCCGGAAUCUGUCAUGCUCCCUGGUAGCUUCAAAUCCGUCAUCAUAAACCCCAGCAUCAUAUCACAUCUUUCGUUCUUUCUCCCCUCCACCGUAUCCAACGCAAAUUUCUUCCACGACAACAUGCGCCUGCACCCCGUCUUUUCAACAGCAGAACAUGGCUCUUCCCUCACAUCUUUCUCCCACAACGUGCUCACCUGGCAAUCCGGCACGCUUCUGCUCCUCGAAGGCGUCGUAACCGAAUCCCCCGAACAGGAAAACACAGUCCUCCUAGGCGCCUACCUUCCCCAGCCCUGGAAAUCCUCCUCCUCCCACCCCUCCAAGUCCUCGGACUCCCCUGCCCUCCCCUGCCUCUUCCAGCUCUCGCACAAACACCUCAUCCUCCCCGGAAACCCCUCCCCCUCCGUGCAAAAGCCCAACAUGCCCACCGCCUAUUUCUCCUCCACCGCCGGCAUCGCCAUCGGCUGCCAGAUCCCCCCUUCCUCGCGAACCCAACCACACCCCCCUUCUCCCCACGGCGCAGGCAGCCUCACCAUCGACGCCAGCCUGGAAACCGCCACCUUCUACGUGUCCCCCGUCGGACACAACGGCGUCUUCCUGCCGCCUGCUACGCUCUCCCCCGCAGAGACCACCACCACGGCCAAAACCCACAUCGACAUCUACAAUCUCGAGAUCUGGGGUUUGGUUCCGGACCCGGCGGCCGCGUCGUCCGAGCAGGGCCAAAGCGCCGUCGAACUGCAGCAGGCGAAAUGGGAAUUCGAGGCCCGUGAGGCAGAACGAAGACGGAAUCUAAAUCUAAAGGCCGGAGCGGGUGAUAGCGCGGCGGAGAGCGCUCGGUGGUUGCUGGAAACGGCUGGUCUGAUAGGUGAUGGGACUGGUCGACAGGGGGGGAGUGUCUAGGGAUUGGAGUCGACUAGGUUGUUGGGGUUGGGGAUAGAUUGGUUAUAUUGCUCUCCUCUUCUGGGUUUGGGUUUGCUUUUUGGUGUUGCUUGUUUGUUGCUUGAGUUAUGUAGGAAAGGACAGUGUAGUUUGCCUAGGAUGCUUGAAUAUGAAUCCUU